AUGGUGUUUUCGAAACCAGCAUAUGGUGAACAUCAAAAGUCUUCUGCAUUCAUCCUCAGUGUUAAACGAUGUAGAAAUAAAAGGACAGGGGAGAUCAAAGUAUUUCCAGAAGUAAUUGGAAUUGUUACGCGCAUAUAUAGAUUUGGAGGUAUGAGUUUAUUUGUUUAUGACAUUCAAGGUAUGAUGGAUUUUCAAUAUGGACCGUUCACGAAGAUCUCUUCUGAAGGCAGUACGCCCAAAUUUAAGAUAUUCUAUGAUUCAUUGAUGCUUGAAGGUCCUUCUCUUUCCGUAGACGAAUAUCUUUCCCGUGAUACUCCGUCAUACCUGCCCCCCAUGAUAUUUAGCAGGAUUGAUUCUGUAAUGCCAUACAACUUUGCUCCGCGAUUCAGAACUAGUGAAUAUAUAAAAUUUGAAGAAAAAUCCCAACAAAUGCCUUAUAAUCGUAGGGCUCGCCGUACAUAUGGAAUAUUUGUUGGAAUGAAUGAGCCUACUCCUCAAAGUCCGAACGAGGAAGCUAUAAUUCGUGUCAAUACUGGGGGAGACGAACUGAUGGAAUUAUCCGAUGAAUUAAAAAGGGAUGAGGCACUAAUUACUGAAGAGGAUGCUACAACCAAUUUCAUACAUAAUAACUGUGGUAUAGACUAA